GGUGGUGAGCUGGACCUUGAAAAUAACUUCAUCAUACAAGAACCUGAAAAUAUCAAGCACAUGCUGCAACUGGUAGACACAUGCAAUCCUACUUUACAGGCUGAGAUCUGGAGCAUCUUCACCGCCAUCUUGCGCAAGAGCACACGUAACCUGCAGGCGUGCACAGAGGUUGGCCUGAUUGAGAAGGCGCUGCAGCAUUUGCAGGAAUCGGAUGAAGUGGUGGGAGAUCUCCUCAUUGACAUGAUGGGCGUGUUAGCAAGUUACAGCAUCACCGUCAAGGAACUGAAACUGCUGUUUGGGUUCCUGAAAGCAAGCAAUGGAAAAUGGCCUCGGCAUGCUGUCAAGCUUAUUUCUGUCUUGAGACACAUGCCACAAAGACAUGGACCGGACGAGUUCUUCAGCUUUCCAGGGAAGACAGGAGCUUGUAUAGCACUGCCCCCUAUUGCCAAAUGGCCAUACCAGAAUGGCUGGACCUUCUCUACUUGGAUCAGGCUGGACCCAGUGUCAGGAGGGAACAUAGAAAGAGAGAAACCAUAUCUGUACACUUUCCGUACAGCCAAGGGCCUGGGCUACUCAGCACACUUCAUAGGAAGUGCUCUGGUUAUCACCGCCAUGAAGAUAGCAGGAAAGGGAUUCCAGCACUGUGUCAAUUUUGAAUUUCAACCCAAAAAGUGGUACAUGGUCACUCUGGUCCAUGUGUACAGGCUAUGGGGGAAGAGUGAAGUCCAAGUGUAUGUUGAUGGUCAGAUGGUGUCCACCACAGAGAUGUCCUGGUUGGUCAGUGGGAAUGAGCCAUUCAACAAGUGUUUUAUAGGCACCACACAUGAGCAGAAAGAAGAGAGCAUGUUCUGUGGUCAGAUGUCCACUAUCUACAUGUUCAGUGAAGCUCUCCAGCCUCAGUACAUAGAUGCUAUAUAUCACCUUGGACCAGCAUAUAAAAGCCAGUUCCGGUUUACCAAUGAAUGUGACACUCAGGGACAUGAGAUCUUAUUUGAUGACAAGUUUCACUCCAGUAUUGUGAUGAUGUACAACCCUAUAGCCUGUGAUGGACAGCUCUGUCUGGAGUCCUCGCCUAAAGGAAACCCUUCCAUAUUUGUCCACACGCCACACGCUCUCAUGUUAGAGGGAGUAAAAGCAGUAGUGACCCACUCCAUCCACAGCACUCUCCACUCCCUAGGGGGGAUACAGACCCUGUUCCCUCUGUUUGGUCAGUUAGACUGCGUACAGGAGAGUGCCAGUGAGGAGGAGAAAGUAGAUCACACAGUUUGCUCCACACUUUUGGCCCUCCUUUGUGACUUACUGGAGAGCUCCGUGACUAUCCAGCAGCAAAUGUUACAAAACAGAGGUUUCCUGGUGAUAAGUUACUUGCUGGAGAAGGCAUCACGUGAGCACCUGAGUGAAGAUGUCCUGAACUCUUUCCUGAAGUUGACCAAAUACUUGGUGGGACUGCCCAAUGGUGGACCACUGUUGAAGCAGUUAUUUGACCAUGUGUUAUUUAACCCUGCUCUCUGGAUACACAGCCCUGUGGCAGUGCAGACCAAGCUGUGGACAUACAUGUCUACAGAGUUUAUUGCUGAUGCCCAAAUCUACACCAACAUCAGGCGCGUCAGCGCUGUGCUGCAGACCAUGCAUUCUCUCAAAUAUUACUACUGGGUGACCAAUCCUAAAGACAGGAGCGGCAUCACACCCAAAGGAACAGAUGGGCCUCGUCCUGCCAAAGAAGAGAUCAUUAAGCUGAGAAGCUUGAUGCUGUCCUAUCUGAAGCAGCUGAUCAUGAGGGGGCCAGGGAUAUACGAGGACGAACUUCAGAGUUUGCUGAACUUCCUGACAACAGUGCAUGAGGAUGAAAAUCUGUCCGAUGUGUUGAGUCUUGUUGUGACGCUGAUGGCAGAGCACCCCUCCUCCAUGGUGCCUGGCUUUGACAGGAAGAAUGGAAUCAGGACGGUGUUUAAGCUGCUGGCAUCUCCCAGUGAAAUGAUCCGGAUUCAUACACUCAAAUUCUUAGGAUUCUUCCUCAUGAGAAGUACACACAAGCGCAAACAUGACUCCAUGGGUCCACACAACUUGUUCUCAUUGCUCUCUGAAAGGUUGUGUCUCCAUAGUAACGAGCUCACCAUGAACACAUAUAAUGUGCUUUUUGAGGUGUUGACAGAGAGGAUGUCCAAAACUGUGAUUGUAGGCAAACACCCAGAACCAGAUAACAAUUUUAGGAUAGAAAAUUCAUUGAUUUUAAAGGUAGUGGCCACACUAAUAAGACAGUCCAGGCAGACAGAAAGUUUGAUGGAGGUCAAGAAAGUUUUCCUCUCUGAUCUCAUGAUUCUCUGUAAUAACAACAAAGACAACAGAAGAACCAUCCUGCAGAUGUCUGUGUGGCAGGACUGGCUGUUCUCCAUGGCCUACACAUACCCCAGGAACCAGGAGGAGAGGAAGAUCACAGGCAUGGUGAUGGCUCUCUUCAAGAUGCUGCUUCACCAUGCCAUUAAGAUAGAGUAUGGGGGGUGGAGGGUCUGGAUUGAUACCCUGGCCAUUCUACAUUCUAAGAUAUCUUAUGAAGACUUCCGUAUCCACAUGAGCAAGGUGUAUCGUCAGUAUGAGCAGCAGCGUGUGGACCACAUCUCGGACCCCCAGGCCAGGCAGACCCACCCUGUCAGUACCAUAUCUGGCAUCUCAGAUGAACACACAUACACCAAGCCAGCUCCCAAGAGCACUGUCACUGUCACAGAAAUCAAAGAAAAUGGUGAUACUGGUGCAGACAGCACAGGAUCAACAGAAACAGAACAAAGAGUACAAGAUACAUCAACAAUUGAGGGGAAAGAACAAAUACAAAGUGGAGAUAAAGAACAAGAAGACAGUCCUUCCAAAGUUAGUGAGAAUGCAUCAUCACCCGUGAAGAGUGUUUCUGAAAUGGAUGGUGCUGAAUUGGAAAAAGGUGUGAGAGAAUUUUUGAAUGAAGUGAUCCAAAAUGCUGUGAAGAAAGUUGAGGAAGAAGGUAAAGAUGGCCAGGAAGGCGGAAACGUUGCUCAGGAGAAGACUGAGGUUUCUGUGGAGAGUGAGAAAGACACACUUGCUGGAGUACAUGGCAACAAAGCUGAAAGCCAGGAGCAUACUGAACAUGAAAGCAGCUCACAGCAGUCACAACCAAAGGAUCAGACAGGAGACAGUGCCAAACAACGCCCUGCUGGCACCAGGGGGCAGCACCACUUCAGCCCAGGACCAAGAGCGCCACCUUUUAGGAUCCCAGACUUCAACUGGUCCACCUUGCACCAGCUGCUGCUGUCAGACCUGCUGUUUGCAGUGGAACAAGAUGUCCAGGUCUGGAAGACUCACAGCAGCAAGACAGUGUUAGAUUUUGUGAAUGCCUCAGAUAAUCACAUAUUUGUGGUGAACACCAUCCAUAUGAUCUCCCAGCUCGCUGAUGGCCUGAUCACAGCCUGCGGGGGAUUACUACCACUGCUAGCAGCUGCCACAUCGCCAUCAGGGGAGAUGGAGAUCCUAGAAGCCAGCCAUGGUCUGACCUUGGAGCAAGCUAUUUCCUUCCUGCAUCGCCUUGUUCACCUGGCAGACAUCAUGUUGUUUGCCAGCACUGCUAGUCUCCCAGAACUGGAACAAGAGAAGAACAUGGCCAGUGGAGGGAUACUUAGGCAAUGUCUGAGAAUGGUUUGUACAGCUGCAGUAAGGAAUUGUCUAGAGUGUCGCCACCGUGAAUUCACCCGUGGCAGGACUAGAACAAGGUCAAGGUCAGGGUCAGUGACCUCCUCCCCCACUGGACUGGGGCCCAAUGGUAUCCAGGUGGCCAACCCCAUCAUACAGUCUCUUAUCAAUGGAAUCCGACCAUCCACUGAAAACAUAGUUGAACACCUGGGCAGCCAGGAGAACCCAGUGAAGGACCCAGAAAAACUUCUCCAGGAGAUGGACAUCAACAGACUCCGUGCUGUGGUUUACAGAGACAUUGAGGAAACCAAGCAAGCCCAGUUCUUGUCUCUAGCCAUCGUGUACUUUGUCUCUGUUCUGAUGGUUUCUAAGUACCGCGACAUUCUGGAGCCGCCCAGCAUUCCGUCCACACCGUCCACGGUGGGCGUCAGGAUAGGCCGCUCUGCCUCACAGAUAGAGGAGGAAGAAGAAUCUGUAUCACCUAGAAGGAUUGUGACCAGACCAGAUGCAGACGUAGCUGUCACGAGGCCACCUGAGGACCAUGCUGUGAGCAGGGCAAAUGGUGAGGUGGCUGCCAGCAAGCCUGGGGAGGAGAAGACCCUGUCCUCAGGAGAACCACCUGCUCCACAGCCCACACCAGAUGACACAGGGACAGAGACAGCCUCAGAAGGAGAUGCUGACAAAGUUAACGAGUCUGAGAAGGAAGAAGAGCAAGGAGAAACCGAACCUGCAGAUGAGAAAUUGGACUCUCACUCUGAGGAAAAGAGUGAGGAGGCUAAAGUGGACGAGGAAGGUGAUAAAGCUAAUGUCUUAAGAGAUAUUGUUGCUCAAGCAAUGGAGGAAGGAGAGACUGAGAAAGAGGACACAGAAAAAGAAGAAGCUGUGGAGAAUGGAGAACCUGAGACAUCUGAUCAGACUACAGAUGACAGUGGUGGGACAGAAAAAACCCAGGAACCUGUUGGAUUGGAAGAAGUUAGUUUGGAGGAGGAGGGAAGAAAUGACAGGCCAGAACAGGAUGGCAGCCAGGAGGAAGUAGAAGAGUUCCCACAUCCUGAACAUCAGGAGACAGCUCAGCAACAGCAGCAGAUACCACCACAUACUGCACCAGAUGCUGGAGACAGUGUGAAGCCGGAGGAGUUUAAGCGUAUGGAUGCAGACCCUCAUGCAGAGAAUGCCAUUGCUUCAAUUCAGUUUGCAGGCAGUGCAGAAGGUGGGGGAGGAGAUGGGAAAGAGGAACGUAAGAGGCCAGAGAGUUUUGACUUCAGCAAACAUAUGCCAGGUACUGUCGAAAAUCUGCCAGCACCAGAGGAUGAGGGGACCUUAACAGAGAGACUGGAGAGAGCACUAGGCACCAGUGCCCCACUUCUCAGGGAGAUCUUUGUGGACUUUGCUCCUUACUUGUCCAAGACGUUGAUGGGGUCCCAUGGACAGGAGCUGCUGGUGGGAGGUUUGGUUACUCUGAAGCAGAGCACAUCUGUAGUAGAGCUGGUGAUGCUGCUGUGUUCUCAGGAAUGGCAGAACUCCUUGCAGAAACAUGCUGGGCUGGCUUUUAUAGAGCUGGUCAAUGAAGGAAGAUUGCUGGCUCAUGCUACCAGGGACCAUGUGGUGCGUGUUGCCAAUGAGGCAGAGUUUAUUCUGAACAGAAUGAGAGCAGAGGACGUGCAGAAACAUGCAGAGUUUGAGUCAUUGUGUGCUCAAAGCAUGCAUGAGCGGCGCGAGGAGGAGAAGUUAUGUGACCACCUGAUCAGCUCAGCCAGGAGGAGGGACCAUGUCAUAGCUACCAAAUUGAGGGACAAAGUCAUCAACAUUAUGACCAACAAACAUGGUGCUUGGGGCUCUGAAGACCAGAGUGGCCAAGAGUUCUGGAAGUUGGACUCGUGGGAAGAUGAUUCUAGACGACGGAGAAGAUUUGUCAGAAAUCCGUAUGGUUCCACACAUCCUGAGGCUGCCCUUAAAGCCGCAAUAGAACAUGGGGCUGCUGAGGAUGCUGUGAACUCAGCACGGGAGGCUCUCCAUGCACACCUGGCCGCCAUGCAGCAGAAACAGCAGCAACAGCCAGACUUUACUGAUGAGGAACUCAUGGCAGUGGACGAGAAAGAACUAGAGAUUGAAUUUGCAGGUCCUGUAGCUUUGACCACUCCCUCCAAGCUAGUGGCCCCAGGGGUGGUCAUCAACGGCACCAUGUCCAUCACUAAGUCUGAGCUCUACUUCGAGCUUGAUGAAGAAGAUGCCAGCAAUAAGAAGAUUGACCAAAAGUUGCUGCAGCAUAUAGAGCAAGCUCAUGGCAAGUGGCACUUCUCUGAGAUACGUGCCAUUUUCUCCCGGAGGUAUCUCCUGCAGAAUGUGGCCAUUGAGAUCUUCAUGGCCAACAGGACUGCGGUGAUGUUUGCCUUCCCUGACCAUGCCACUGUGAAGAAGGUGAUCAAUGCACUGCCCCCAGUGGGGAUAGGAGUCAAGUAUGGACUGCCGCAAAGAAGAAAGUCAUCCCUUGCCACAGCCAAACAGCUAUACAAGUUAUCCAAUAUGACCGAGAAGUGGAGACGUCGUGAGCUGUCCAAUUAUGACUAUCUCAUGUAUCUGAAUACAAUAGCAGGUCGUACCUACAAUGACAUGAACCAGUACCCAGUGUUCCCGUGGAUCAUAUCCAACUAUGACUCCAGUGAACUGGACCUCAGCCUGCCUAGUAACUACAGAGAUUUAUCAAAGCCUAUUGGAGCCUUAAACCCAAGUCGGCGUGCAUUUUUUGAAGAACGGUACUCUACCUGGGAGCAUGAGUCUAUUCCACCAUUCCAUUAUGGGACGCACUACUCAACAUCUGCAUUUGUUCUCAACUUCCUGAUCAGGAUAGAGCCUUUUACGUCAAUGUUCCUGAACCUUCAAGGCGGGAAGUUUGACCAUGCCAACAGAACCUUCCAUUCUAUCUCACAGACAUGGAAGAACUGCCAGAGAGACACGUCUGAUGUCAAGGAGCUACUUCCAGAAUUUUUCUUCCUGCCAGAGAUGUUCGUCAACAAUAACGGUUUUAACUUUGGCAAACAAGAAGACGGUACAGUUGUUAAUGAUGUCAUUUUGCCACAAUGGGCAAAGAAUGGGGAGGAGUUUGUACGCAUCAACAGAAUGGCUUUAGAAUCUGAAUUUGUUUCCUGCCAGCUACACCAGUGGAUUGAUUUGAUAUUUGGUUACAAGCAGAGAGGACCUGAAGCAGUGCGAGCAGCCAAUGUUUUUUACUACCUGACCUAUGAAGGCAGUGUGGAUUUAGAAAACAUGAAGGAUCCUGUCAUGAAAGAGGCCAUAGAAAACCAGAUCAGAAGUUUUGGCCAGACCCCAUCACAGCUUCUCACUGAGCCUCAUCCUCCCAGAAGCUCUGCUAUGCAUGUGACACCAAUGAUGUUUUCAAACAACUUGGAUGACGUGUGUAUGAUCAUGAAGUUUCUGUCCAACUCUCCAGUGGUUCAUCUCACGGCCAACACACACCCCUUCAUCCCUAACCCAGCUGUGGUCACCAUUGCAAGUAACCAUAACUUCUCCAUAAAUAAGUGGAACAAUAAUCCAGCUCCUCCCACUGCCCAACAGCCCAGUCUUGGGGAGAAGCAGGAGAGCAUGCCCAGCCUCCCACUCCUUAUGGAUCAGGCAUUAGUCCAACAUAGUGCAGGGAAUCGCAGAAACCUGGGCGAUAAUUUUGAUGAGCGUCUCAAGCCACACCACUUCACAUUUGUGACCACAGUGGACAACAAGUACAUCUUUGCCACACAAUUCUGGGACAAAAGCUUCAGGGUCUUUCAUUCGGACACUGCCAAAAUCCAACAGGUUGUAUUUGGUCACUUUGACGUUGUCACCUGUAUCAGCCGCUCAGAAUGCAGCAUCAACCAGGACUGUUAUAUUGUCACUGGAGCCAAGGACUGCACCAUCAUGGUCUGGCACUGGAGCUCUAAAAAUGCUGCCAUUCUGGGAGACAAUGGAAGUAUUGCCCAUCCUACUCCCAAAGCCACACUGACCGGUCACCACACAGAAGUGACCUGUGUAGCAGUGUCCACAGAACUGGGACUUGUAAUCAGUGGAUCAAAAGAUGGCCCCUGUCUGGUGCACACCACCAAUGGGGACCUGCUGAGGUCACUGGAGCCGCCAAAGUCCUGCAUUUCUCCCAAGAUGCUCAGCAUAACCAGGGAAGGCUACAUCAUCGUUAACUAUGACAAGGGAAAUGUCUGUCUCUUCAGUCUUAGUGGAAAGUUCCUAAGACAUUCUGAACACAGUGAUAACCUUUGGCACAUGAUCUUGAGCCGUGAUGGCCAGUACCUCCUGACAGCAGGAGAAAGGGGUGUGGUGGACAUUUGGCGUACACAUGACUUGAACAUCCUCUACUCCUACCCUCAGUGUGACAGCAAGAUCUGUUCCCUGGCUCUGUCACAUGACCAGAAGUACCUGAUGGCCGGCAUGGGCACAGGCUGCAUAGUGGUCUUCAACAUUGACUUCAAUAAAUGGCAUCACGAGUUCCAGGAUAGAUAUGGAUAGGUCGCCAUGAGACUGAAAGACGGUGGCAGCUGUUAAAGAGUAGUGCUCAUCCUUGGUUUACAAUAGUUAACUUCCUGCACUUAGAGUACCUAUACUGCAUUGUCUUAAUAGAGAAAUAACAAAAGGUCAAAUAAUUCCAGUUUACUAUCAUGGGGAAACAUAAAGACAGGAUUUAUUAUUAUUAUUAUUAUUAUUAUUAUUAUUAUUAUGUUGUGACACCUAUGAAAAUUGGGAGAAAAUAUGUAUGGAGAAAAGCAUGUAAAAUGCUUGUUGAUAUUCUUUUCAAUUUUCCCUUUUACAGAAGACUUUAGAUAAUGCCAUUGUGCAAUCUUUCAUCAGUGUGGUGCAUUUGUUGAUCAUGAUUAGGUGAGAGUUACACAAAAAUGAUUGAGCAAUGAUUGAUUGGCAAUGUAAUGCAGUCUAACUGAUGUCACUGUGCUUUCUAACCACCCUAUUAUCACACAGCAUAUCAUGAUUGAAGAAAACGUGCAUUUUGGCAAAUGCUGUGAGCUUUUCUACUGUAAACAAGGGGACCACAUUUAUCGGAAAUUGUAUUUUUUUUAAUCGAGUGUAAAAACUUUGAUGUUAUCUCUUUAAGUGAAACCUGUUUAUAAGAACCAAGUGGUACUUGGGACUUCUGAUACUGCCAUGUUGUUUCCCAAGAAGUUGUAGUGCAGUCACAGUUUGCAGUUAUGACUAAUGGUCAGUAAUCUGUCCAUUAUAAUCAUGCAUCUUUUUCUGAUAUUCCUCUUUGAAAUGAAAAAGCAUUGAGCAGUAAUUACAUUUGUGUAUGAAAUAAAGGUUGUGCAUUUCAGUAGAAGCAAACUUAGAUAACAAACCUUAUAAACCCUGACAAGGCUUCUUUGUCAUAUUAAUCUGAAUUAUGAUUGAACAUGUCCAUAGGUGUCACUGUAAUGGUGGCCAAAUAUUCAAGAGUGUAUUUAUAUAUGUACAGUAACAAGUUAACUGCACUUCCCAUAUUUUCUUGUUUAAAUUUAUUUGCUGCUUAGUUCAAUGCCUUGUUGAACUCGAUAUCUUGAUAUUGUUCUUGAUAGUUAAAACUAGACUGCAAAACUGGCAAUAUACAGACAGCCAACAAAAAAAGGAAUAUUACUAAUAUAAAUGCCAAAAAGCAAAAUAAUCUAGAAUGCUUAUAAAAAUUAUAUGAUCAUGCUCAUCAAUUAAAGCGCCCCAGUAAAUUUAUUAUACAUAAGUGUGAUUUGGCACUAAUGUAGCUAACAUCACAAAUAUUUAUCCAAAAACAAAGUAUAAAAAUUUGCGUAGAAAUCUUAUGAUCAAGCUGGUUUUAAAACUGAACCCACAAUUUGCUCAACAAAGCCACUAAAUAAA